AUGUGUACUAUUGUUGUAUCAGUUUACAACCCUGCGGCUGCGGCGAUGACGUACGGCGUCGGUGUCGCCCAGAACAACGCUGAUCUCGGUGGUGGAGGUGGAAUGAAUGACGAGGAAUACGAUGAGAACUCAUCCGCACGACUGUUCGAACGUAGUCGUAUCAAAGCUCUUGCGGGUUCGUUGAUGCUUUGACU